AUGCCGCAGCGCCUCGAGCGCACCGCACGUCUACUCUGCUUUUGCCUCAACACCUUACUUUUCUUGUUGUCGAUCUUUCUAAUUGUUCUGGUGUGUUUGGCGGCAAUAAAUGCGCCGAAACCGGAUAUUUCACCGCAACCUCUCACAUCCUAUCCUCAGUAUAUUGUGACGAUCAUUCUCAUCGCCUCCUUCUCGUUCUGCCUGUUUUUUCUCACCACAUUCGGUUUCAUCUCAAUAUGUUUGCCAGGCUCGUUUUUGAUGUCCUUGCGGAUUUCCAAGAUCUCGUUGCAAAUCAACCCGAUCAACUUGAAGGAAGACUCAACAGGCUUCGACGAAUCCAAAAAUCCUCCGGAAGAGAGAAAAAUGCAAAAUCCGCAGUCCCGAAAGAUGAGAAACUGCAAGCCUCUCAUUUAUUCGAGUUCACAUAUUAUUGGACAAAUAGCAAUGAUUUGUGCUCAACUAAUUGCUGUCGCAUUUACGAUCACGGUUAGGAAAAGGUUACAUUUAAAGCUUGAGGAGUCUUGGGAAGGUCGACCAGGAUGCAUAAAAGGAGCUGAAUGCCUCCCCGUGCGACGGUUUUUGCAUUCCGAAUCGUUAUUGAUCGUGAUUCUGUGCGUACUGCUCUUUUUGCAGAUAAUCCUACUUAUCGCCAGUACAGUCGUAUGCGAACAUCGUUCACAUGCUGAACGUCGUAAGCUUUUGGAACAACAUGAGGAAGAAGAAGAUGAUUACUAA